CAUAGAAGUGCGAAGCGCAGAUGUAAAAUGACGUUAAGGUUUCUUGAUUUUUAUUGUUGUGGUCCAUUGUAGUUUGAAAUAAUAUCGAGAUUUAGUCGGCGAGUGCAAUCCGCGAAUACAACAGUAGUAAACGUGUAGAAAAAAAAACUAAUAAAACACAUAAAAUACCGAAGGUUGUGUACGACGAAACACGAACACAAAUGAAAUCCAACAGACAGAAUUUUCAAACGUAUCAAAUCGAUAGAUAGUUCAAGAUGUAUACUGUCGCGACCAUUCUUACGAUCGUCGUACUCCAACACAAGGCUUCGUGGGCUUCAAACUCUAGGUCAUGUCAAAUGUGUGAAUGCAAAAACAGUACUAUAACGUGUGUCGACGUACUUAUUGAAAACCAACAACAAUUCAACAUGACAGAAGACAUUACAACGGUACACUUCACACGAACUCCAAUUGAAACCAUUAAAAACAAGUUUUUUACAAGUGAAAACCUACAAAACAUUACGUGGAUAUCAAGUAAUAUUAAGAAAGUAGAAUCGUUGGACCAAAAGAAACUAAAAUAUUUGGAUUUAUCAAAAAAUGUCAUCAACGAGUUGUCUCCCGACGCUUUUGCAAACUGUCCACAACUAGAAUAUAUAGACUUAUCAAAUAAUCGUAUAAGCUACAUACCAGACAAUUUAUUUUUAGAGACUAGUAUGUUAAAAGUAUUGAAACUAGAAAAUAAUAAUUUUAACGCGAUACCAAAACAUUUAUUUUCAAAUCUAGAAAAUCUAGAAUACCUGAACGUUGCUGACAGCGGCUUAUAUAAUAUUUCUUUCGGACCACUAAAGAAUCUUAGAAGUAUUAUUAUUAGCAACAGCAAUAAUUUAUCAACAAUUGAAGAAGAUUCUUUUAGUUCAACACCAAACAUUGAAGUAAUUGAAAUAAAUAAUUGCAAUAAACUUCAAACUUUACCUAACACAAUUGCAUCUCUGAAAAAUCUCAAAAAACUACAUAUGGCCAACACAAAAAUGGAAGUCAAUUGUUAUAAUGGAUGGUUUAUGCAAUGGGUAAAUGAAACGAAUGUUAUUGAAGGAUUCGAAGGGUAUUCAGAUUUUGUCACUAAUAUAAAUAAACUCGAUUGCCCUCCAAAAAUUUAUUACACCACCGGACCCGUCGUGUUCCAACUGACAGAAAAUGGAACGAUUGAAUGCAAGGCGUACGGUAACCCAUAUCCAGCAAUAACAUGGCUAGCGCCAGGAGGUAGGACGUUUCAUGAAAACAAAGAGACCGAUAAAAACUUUACAGAUCACCCAAAAGUGCACGAUUGGGAAAAUAAGCCAAUAUAUGUGCCAUCGAUUAAGACAGACCUGAAUGGUUCUAUGCACAUUUCGAGAGUGUUACGGGACAAUAUAGGAAAUUAUACGUGUUAUGUUUCUAAUAUUCAUGGCCAUGAUUCUCAAGUUGUAGUGUUGCGUUUAGAUAGUAGUGUUUUUUUCAACAUCAAGAUAAAUGCAAUUUUACUAGGAUUAGUAUCGGCCAUUGGAUUUUUGAUGCUAACUAUACUGUGUUGUGCCUUCAAGUUACUACUAAUUAAAAUGAACUGCAUGAAGGCUAGAAAAAUUCCAGUAGAAAACGAAUUGGAGACUGUGGAAACAGAAAAGCAUGUUCCUGAGCAAGUAUAAUUUCAAAAUAUUUUUAUCAUACAACAUGAAGUGUUUGUACGUCUUAAGGUUUACACGAAAUACAAUUAACAUACCUACUUAGUACAAACUAUAAUUUGAAAUUUUUUUGAAUAGGUUUACUAUAUUUCUAUUUAUAUAAAUUUAUAUAUAUGUUAAGUUGUUCAUACUGUUUGAUACAAUAAAAUAUUCAGGAGAUAUUUAA